AUGUUCUCGGGCACCAUCCUCAAGCGGCCACAUACGAUCGACAAAACCCACAUCAAUGUGCUGCUACCGGUAUCUGACGAAGCCUGGUUCUCUGACACACCAGCUGCAUCGGUCGCGGUCAUACCAGACCCAAUUCACGGCUUGGUUUCUUAUACCUCUUUCCUGAGGGCGUUCGCUCACGACAUAAUCCACAGACGGCAUACAACCGCGCAGACAAUAUGCGACUUCCAGUCCGCCAUUGCUUGCUUCUCUCUGAUCCUUCCGCAGAGAUUUCAUCUCUCCGCGAACUGUCUCAGCUUUGACGAAUCCAAUUUUGCAGUCAAUAAUUGGAUCGUAUGUACUCAUUUAAUCCUCCAUUCAAGUCGUGCUUCACUUCGACUACUAUGUCAUCGGAAAUUCCCAGAACACUUGGACGUGUUCCUGGAAACAUCAGCUUUGGAAGAUGAGAAGCUAAUCUGCCACGUUAUUCGGGAAUGGGACCCCAGUUCCAUUGCUCAAACCUAUCCUUUGGUCACUACAACCCUUCUUGGUCCCGGCGCAAUCAAUGCGAAGACGGCUUGCGAGUUUGCAGCAAGUCCAGACGAGAGCAGGCCCAUAUAUCUCGAGAUGUUGAAGCUUGUCCUUGGGGCGAUUGGCUCGUUUUGGCAAAUUAGAGCUUCUGUAUUAGGUGAGAGUUCCCAGGCUCUCACCAAAUGCACCAUCCAUCUAACUACGCUAGCAGAACUUGUACAACUACUUGAGGCUCGUCGAUCGAUCACCCAGCUUGUGAAUGCGCGUAACAACGAUCUGGAUCUGCUUCCACCCCUUCUAACCAAAAAUGAUGAAGACCCUGGAAAGCUGAAGCGAAAAGGAAAAGAGCAAAAACCAUCAGCACGGACGUAG